AUGGCUGAGCGUGCUAAUUUGGAACCUUUUUUGAGGGACUUUAUUGUACCGCAAGCAACUGUCCAACCAUCAUGCAUAAUUCAUUUAGAAAAUACAUUGGCCAACUUUGAGUUGAAAUCAGACAUGAUUCACUUAUUGCCCAAGUUCUUCGGCAAUCAUGAAGAUGAUCCUCAUAUGCAUAUCAAAGAGUUCUUUGAAGUCUGCUCAAUAAUGAAAAUUGGAGUAAUGAAUGAUGAGGAAAUAAGAAUGAGACUUUUCCCUUUCAGUUUGAAAGAUAGAGCAAAGGCGUGGUUUUAUUCCUUGCCACCCAACUCUAUCACAACUUGGGCAACCCUUGCUUCAAGAUUUCUACAGAAAUUCUUUCCAUCUCAAAGAACAAGAAAAAUCAGGAAAGAGAUUGUGGAGAUUCAACAAUUAGAUGGAGAACCCUUCCACGAGUAUUGGGAGAGAUACAAAAAACUUCUAAAUUCUUGUCCAAAUCAUAACAUCCCAGAAUGGCUCUUAAUGCACUGCUUUUAUGAAGGCCUUCUUGAUUUAGACCAUAUGAUUGUUGAUGCAACUUCAGGAGGUAGUCUCAUGAACAAGACUGUUGAGCAAGCUAGAGAAACGUUCGAGAAUGUUUCUAAUAAUUCUCUACACAAGUAUUGUGGGGACUCAAAAAGAAAAAUCAAGAAAGAGAUUUUGGAGAUUCAACAAUUAGAUGGAGAACCCUUCCACGAGUAUUGGGAGAGAUUAAAAAAACUUCUAAAUUCUUAUCCAGAUCAUAACAUCUCAGAAUGGCACUUAAUGCACACCUUUUAUGGAGGCCUUCUCUAUUUAGACCGUAUGAUUGUUGACGCAACUUCAGGAGGCAGUCUCAUGAACAAGACUGUUGAGCAAGCUAGAGAAACGUUUGAGAAUGUUUCUAAUAAUUCUCUACACAAGUAUUGUGGGGAUUCAAAAGAAAAAUCAAGAAAGAGAUUUGGAGAUUCAACAAUUAGAUGGAGAACCCUUCCACGAGUAUUGGGAGAGAUACAAAAAACUUCUAAAUUCUGUCCAAAUCAUAACAUCCCAGAAUGGCUCUUAAUGCACUGCUUUUAUGAAGGUCUUCUUGAUUUAGACCGUAUGAUUGUUGAUGCAACUUCAGGGGGUAGUCUCAUGAACAAGACUGUUGAGCAAGCUAGAGAAACGUUCGAGAAUGCCUUCUUAGACCGUAUGAUUAUUGACGUAACUUCAGAAGGCAGUCUCAUGGACAAGACUCCUAAGCAAGCUAGAGAAACGUUUGAGAAUGUUUCUGAUAAUUCUCUACAGUUCAACUAUAGAAGGUCUCCACCGAAGAAAUCUGAAGUUUAUGAGGUAAGUACAUCUUCACAUUUUGAGGCUCAAAUUACUAAUUUGACUAAUUUGGUGAAACAAAUGAUGCAAGUAUCAUCCAAUGUGUGUGCCAUUUGCACUACACCAAGUCAUGUAAAUGAAGCUUGUCCUCAAGGUGCAGAACAACAGUCUUUUAAUGAUUUCAUGAUGGAGCAAGCCUACGUUGUUGGACCAUAUCAAAACAAUCAAAGGACCAUAUCAGAAUAUAACCCUGGGUGGCACAACUGUCCCAAUUUCAGAUGGAGCGACAACCAGAAUGUUCAACAAGGGCCAACUCAACAAUACCAUCAACAAAAUCAUCAACCUCACGGUCAAGCUCAACCGUUUCAAGGUCAGAAUCCUACUCGUCCGCCUUAUGGUCAAUCUCAACAAUACAAUUGA